UCUAAAUUCUUUGGUUCCUCCGUUGAGAUCAGGGAAGAUAAAUGUACUUUCUUUGCAUUCUGUGUUACCAAGUGAAAGUCUGGAUAUUACAACAAUGCUCCAUAACCUAUAACUAAUGUUGCAAAAACUGUAACGUCCGUACCUGUCGGAGUUAAUACAUUCCAGGGAAACAAUGCAUAAGGAUCGCAUCACGAACGCAGAUAGUCUUACGUCAAUUGAUGUGUCGUGAAAUUGAGUUGAAUCAAGUCAGAAAACCAAUAUGAGCGAUCGCAAGGAACAGCGAACAAGGAGAAGACACAAAAGUAGGAAACAAAAGGAGCGGAGGAAUGACUUAAAAGCUGUGAAAGCACAUAAUCCAAAUACUGUGACCCUUCGCAAUGACAAACUCGUCCAUCCUGAGACGGACACUAUUACUAUUGAUUACGAGCAGGAACAUACAGUGAGUUUAAAGAACUUAAGCAGUCCAUCGGUAUCUGGCUGUAAGUCGCGUAGUUUGGAACAUCAGAGACCUAGUGUAUCCCUCAUAGAAUACCAAGAUAACUUAGAUACCGAUACGUCGGUGCCGUAUAUAUUUAUAACGAGAUUGGCACCAUGUGAAGAAGAUACAUGUAUCGGUGACGCUAUAAUGAAACCUGAAAACGAAGGAUUAUUACUGGACAGGUCCGAUACUAAUUCGCAGUCAAAGCCACAAAAGAAACUUAUAUUAUUACGAAAAAUUGACCCUAAAAAUACAUCCUUGGUUACGCCAGACAAAACACAGAGUAUCGAUGAGUCAAGCGAGGCUAAUACCGAAAAAAUAAUAGAUACUACCGAGUUUUUUGCGGAGAAUGUUUCUGCAUUGACAGACGAUGACGAUCUGAUAGAUUCUAAGUUGUGGAUGAAAAGAUUUUAUCCUCUGCCGUUACACUAUACUCAUAAAGGCACGCCGUAUUUAAGAUGUCCUGCGUGUGCUGCAAUUUUCUUCACUUGUAGUGCUUUCCAGCAUCACUUCUUUUCACAUGCAUACAAAGACACUGAAGAAUAUGUAUGCGUGUUUUGUAAUUAUUCCAAUAAGGAUCCGAAUAUUAUAUUUACUCAUUUAUUUACCCACCAAAAUCAAUGCGAGGUUUGCAAUAUAAAUCUGACUCGCAAGAAUGGUUUUCAAAAACAUUGGGCUAUUUCAUCGUCGAGUUUCAAGGCAAAGCGCGAUUGUUACGGAAGGUUUGUUUGUUGUAAUUGCAAAUUAGUCUUUGAUUUGUUAUUACACCUCAAGAAACAUUGGUUCAAACACUCUUGUAUCAAGCAAAAAGCGCAUCAGUGUAACGUGUGCUUAGGACUUUUUGAUAACAAAGAGGUGUUCAAAAACCAUACAUGUUUGAGGUGUCCAACUUGUAACACGACUUUUGAUAGUUUACAACGUCUUAAAGCUCAUACAAGCACGACAAAGCAUUUCUUAAUUUGCUCAAUUUGCUUGUACGAAUUCAUUCUUACGAUCGAUCAUGAAAAACACUUAGCAUUGCAUAGUGAAUCUUAUCUCCCUCACAAGGAUUACGCUCACUGUCUGGAGGCAAAAGAUGGGAAGAGCUUUCAAUGUGAAUUGUGUAGUAAAAUAUUCUAUGUUCAAUCUCGACUGGUAUUACAUAUUCGCGAGGAUCAUAAUAUCGAUAACAUUGGUAAGAAUGACUCGGAAGAAGGAUUCGACAUGAUGUUACUUACGAAGUUUAAAGAAGAACCUAUAACCGAUGAUAUCUCCAGUAUCGUUGAAUGCGAAUUAAAGUGUAACGAUGAUGAUGCAGAUGACGAUACGUAUGAGAACGAAUUAAUUUUGAGAUCUCCGAAAGAAGAACCGUUGGAAGAAGACGACAGUGAUAAUCGAUAUGAAUCCGAGUCGUUGUUGUGGGACAAUGAAACCUCUGUACAGACAAAUGUGAAAAGUGUUCGGAGAUAUAUGCAAAGCAACAUCUAUGAAUGUGCCAUGUGCAAGGAAACCUUCGACAGUGCAAUUCUUAUCAGUGAACACAUUUGGACCCAACACGAAGUUUCUAUGGCUCAACCCACAAGCGACUUAGAGUACGAAUGAUGUAUCACGGUGUGAUAAAAAAAGACAAAAUGACCUGGAAUAAUACAUCAUAGAAUAGUAGAUACACAAUGCCAUGGACUAAUUAAUAUUUUAUAGCCUACUUCCGUACUCCAUAACCAUACGGUUCUUGGUUUUUUUUAAGUAGUAUAAAAUAUUUACAUACAUACACCUUUGGACGAUUCCAAUGGUCUCACGAGAUUUCACCUGCUCGUAUUUUAAGCAGAUGUCUUUAAAGUGUAUUAUUAAGACCUACGAUGACAGAUUCUGUAACGAUCGAUCUUAAAAAUUCAGAGGUGAUAAUAUUCUUGCAUCAAAAUGAUGCUGUAUCGUAAACUUAUGCUUCACCUAUUAAUUUAAGAAAAUACGUUUGAAACUAGUUGAAUUACAUACCGAUUACGAUUCGUUUCCGAGGAUAAAAAUCAUUAUGCAUCUAUUUAAAGCAUCAUAAUGUAACGUCGAUUUUGUUGCAUCCUCGGAGCCUGUAUUUCAACUCUUGAAUAUUAAUAAAGUUAUACCUUGUUUGAUAUAA